GGCGUGGUUGAAUUUUAGGGGUUAUGGGGAAGGGGGCGUUGAAUUACACGUUACAGCUUUGGUUGGGACCCUGAUUUCCUCCUGACACAUACUAACACACAAACACACACAGCACUCUGACAGACGGACAGGGGACGGACGGCCGAAGCAAGCAGGACCUCUUAGAGAACAACAAAGAAAAAAGAAAGACGGUAAAAGAAAGCUCAUAGAAGUGGAGCUGAGGAAGCAAAGGAAGGGAAGAAGAGCAGGAAUCAUCAGGGAGAAAGAGGUGUGCUGUGUUUAAACGAAACCACCAACAAAAUCCCAAACCAGUCAACGCACUUUUCUCAGAGAAACACCUCAGGAAACAUUUUUCAUCUCAUUUUGUUGAUCAGCUGAAUUUUUAGCCAGUGGAAAGGUUUCCCUGUUUGUCAAGAAAAGUAAAAACCUACAAAAACCAACCUCAACACUCACACAAUGGCCCCCAAGAAGAAGGCCUCCCGUCAGAAGAAGCCUGCCGUGGAAACCACCCCUCAGGUCGCCAUGGAGACCGUCCCAGUCCAGCUGAAGGUGGAGAGCCGUGGUGACGGCGUGGUGGUGGUGGAGGGUGGGAUGAAGAAGAUCGAGCAGAUGGCGGCGCUGGACAUCGCUCAGCUGAACAGCCUCAACCUGCCGCUGCCGCCGCCGGUCAUCAAGCCCGGAGAGAGAGGCCUCGGCCUGGGCAGCGAGCUGACGCGGCCCCUGCACGGCAACGCCCUGCUGGAGGAGCUCAGCAAGAUGCGCCAGGAGAAGUUCCUCACUGAUCUGGAGUUGGCCUGCAAGACGAAGGCCUUCGACGUCCACAAGCUUGUCAUCUCCUCCGUCAGUCAGUACUUCAGAGAGAUUUUGGCUAAAGACCCGGGCAUGAAACGCCUGGAGCUCCCCUCCCUCUCACCUCUAGGCCUCGCUAACGUCAUCACAUUCGCCUACCUGGGCCGCGUCCACAUGUCCCUCUACACCAUCGGUUGCACCGUCUCUGCCGCCGCCACCCUGCAGAUCUCUCAGCUCCUCAAGAUGUGCAUGGACUUCCUGUUGGCCGAGCUCAACGUGCAGACCUGCGUCUACAUCUGGAACAUCGCCGCCGCCUACGGCCUGAAGCCGGUGUGUGAUGCCGCACGACGCUUCGUCCUGGAGAACUUUGUGCAGUUCGCCGACACACCGCUGUUCAACCAGCUGACCCUGGAGCAGAUCUCCGCCUUCCUGCAGGACGACUCGCUGCUGUUGCCUUCAGAGGUCACCGCCUUCCAGCUGGCCAUGAGGUGGCUUGACUUCGACGCCUGUCGUCAGGUCCACGCCACAGAGUUGCUGUCUCACAUCCGCUUUGAGACGAUCCCGGCCAGCGAGCUCGUGAGCCAGAUCCAGCCGGUGCCCCGCAUGAUGAUGGACCCUCACUGUCACCGCCUGCUGGUGGACGCCAUGAACUACCACCUGCUGCCCUACCAGCAGAACACCCUGCAGUCCAGACGCACACAGGUCCGAGCCAGUCAGCAGACUCUGCUCACCAUCGGGGGUCGACCUUCACUCACCGAGAGAGCUCUCAGCCGCGAGGUGCUGUGGAGAGACCCUCGUGAAGGAGGAGCCACCUGGCGUCACCUCACCCAGCUGCCGGCGAAGAGCUUCAACCAGUGUGUCGCUGUGAUGGACGGCUUCCUGUACGUGGCUGGAGGAGAGGACCAGAACGACGCCCGCAACCAGGCCAAGCACGCAGUCAGCACCCUCAGCAGAUAUGAUCCUCGCUUCAACACCUGGCUCCACCUGGCCAGCAUGCGCCAGCGCCGCACCCACUUCUCCCUGACAGCCAGCGGGGGCCGCCUGUUCGCCAUCGGCGGCCGCAAUGUCGAGGGUCUGCUGGCCACCACCGAGAGCUACCUGCCCUCCUCCAACACCUGGCAGAUGCGUGCCCCCAUGGAGGUGCCUCGCUGCUGCCACUCCAGCGCCACCCUGCCCUCCGGAGACAUCCUGGUGACGGGCGGGUACAUCAACUGCGCCUACUCCCGCUCUGUGGCAUGCUAUAACGUGGACACCGACACGUGGAGCGAGAAGGCCUCCAUGGAGACACCACGCGGCUGGCACUGCUCCGCCGCCGUCGGAGGGAAGGUGUACGUGGUGGGAGGAAGCCAGCUGGGGCCCAGCGGUGAGCGGGUGGAUGUGCUCUCUGUGGAGGUCUUCUCCCCGGAGAGUGGGGCCUGGAAUCGGGCCGCCCCUCUCCUUCUCGGUGUGAGCACCGCCGGUCUGGCCCCGCUGGUCAACAAGCUGUACCUGCUGGGAGGCUGGAAUGAGGCAGAGAAGCGCUACAAGGCGGCCGUCCAGAAGUACGACCCGGCCACAGACAGCUGGUCCAUGGCCGAGGACCUGCCCGAGCCCACGGUGGGGGUGUCCUGCUGCACCCUGACCCUGCCGCCCCGUCACACACCACGCCGCCAGCAGCACCGCAACACCCCGGCCCACGAAGACCAGACGCAGGCCGGGAAGAACCGGAGCAGAGAGAGCAGCAUGGCUCCUUCCCAAACCAUCACAGCAUAGAGAAGCAUGCAGAGACUAGAAGAGGAGGGCUUGAUACCGCUGUUAGAACCGCUGGACAACAUCUGGAUCAUGUCUGCUCUUUAAUCCGUAGAGGCCUAUAUACAUAGAGUAUGUUUAAUCUAGUGUAUGUGGACAAAUUCACCUACUUACUUACUAAAAUGUAUUUCAGUCUGUAAUUAAUUACACAAAAAAUGUGGAUAAAAGCAACAAAAACAAACAAAAAAAUGCAACAAACUAUAAAACCGUAGGCCUACUGUAGAAAACAUGGCAAACAGCAGAAAGAUUUUUUUCUUCAGAGCAUUACGUAAAAUACAUUGUAGAAAUAUUUAAAAUAAAUAUAUUUAAAAUGUAUAUAAAAUCUAAAAUGAUAAUGGAGAAUUUGAUUUGACAACAUUUUGCAUAUUUUCCAUAGAUUUACACAAUUUCAAUGUAGCAUUGGUCCUUAAUUCUUUUUGAGGUGAUUUUAGGGAUUAUAAAAAGACCUAAAUUAUUAUAAUUACUGGAGAAAGAUGCUAGUUUGAAUGCCCAGGUUGUGCAAGAAAAGACACGAGCUUGCAUGAUCCAAAGUGGUCUCAGAAAGUUUAGCAUUCAUGGAAACUGAGAAGACAAGGUAGAUAAGGGAUGAAUUGUAGAGUGGAGCAGGUGGAGGUAGAGAGGUGAUGGGUGGAGGAGGAUGGCGGAAAGAAGGGAACAGUGGCUGAGUUUAAAUAGGUUAAAAAACCUCACUGUGAAUCCCCUGGCAGUUUGUGUACUAUGUAUCUAAGCUGUGUGUGUGGGUGUGUUAUUUAACUGUGAAAAUAAAUGGGACUGUGCGUAAGCGUGUGUGUUAUUUAACUGUGAAAAUAAAUGUGUGUUUGUGUUUGUGUGUGCGUGUGUGUUUGCAUCUGACAGACGAUUGAUUGACAGGAGUGUUUGGCCGGAACAGGAAAAUUAGUCAAAUCUGACAAAAAGUGCAAAAUUAAUAUUUCUCACCAGCAACGUUUGGUUAUUUCUCAUGAGGAUCAAAGCAGGUCUGCAAUAAUAAAUAAUAAUAAACCAACCUCAUUUAUUUGAUGGAUAUCUGUCAGAAGGAGUGUCGCUCAAUUGUGACAAAAGUAUUUAAAACAAAUAUAUAGAUUAAGCAAAAAUAUUUUUUAAGUGCAAUAGAGUAAAAGGAUUGAGGAAGGCGGGUGAACUCAACACAGGUGAGAUUUUUGGAUUGUAAGAAACCAAAAAGGUUGAAAAAAUAUUCUUUAUAAUUAUUAAAAAUCAAAAGAACGCAUAAAAAUCUGCGAAAUAUAGAUUAAAAUCUUUUUAGAAAUAUCCACCCAAAGCUCACCCAUGUUUGUGUAUUUGCCGUCCUCAGACGUGUAAUUCUUACUGAACCUAAGACAAACCAACUGAAGGACCAGUGAGACUCCAGCAGGUGGAAAUAACGGCUUAAAAGCUGCAACUGUAUAUUCAGUUAUUGAUAUCAUUUAUCAGUAGAUGCAAUCAGGUUAAUCUGGCUCAUUUGAUUGGAUGAAUCCCUCUGUAUUUGUUAUUGGACGAGCUCUGUGCUGGUGGUUUCACUGAAUAAAGCCAAUGUGAUCAAAACAU